AUGAUGGAGAUGGAGGACCAAUCAGAGCUCUGCUUUCCACAACUCAUCAACAUCUCCUGCAGGAAGCCCACAUCUCAUUGGUCUGAAGGUGUUCUUUUCACUGUUCUGCUGUCCAUCAUCUGUAUCUUCACUGUGGUUCUCAACUUGCUGGUCAUCAUCUCCAUCUCCCACUUCAGGCAGCUCCACACUCCCACCAACCUCCUCCUCCUCUCUCUCGCUCUGUCUGACUUUCUGGUGGGCCUCCUGGUGUGGCCUGGUGAGAUCUACAUGAGAACAUCCUGCUGGACUCUUGGUGAUGUGCUGUGCUUCUUGUAUAAUUACAUCUCCUUUAUAAUCAUGUCUGUUUCCGUAGGAAACAUGGUGCUGAUAUCAGCUGAUCGUUAUGUGGCUAUUUGUGAUCCUCUGCAUUAUAACACCAAAGUCACUGUGAGAAGAGUUCAACUUUGUGUUUGUCUCUGUUGGUUCUCUUCUUUUCUUUACUGUAGCAUUAUUUUGAAUGAUCAGCUGGUUCAUCCUGGAAGGUAUAUUUCCUGCUAUGGAGAGUGUGUCUUUGGCGUUGACUAUUAUGCAGGUGUUGUGGACAUUGUUGUGAACUUCAUCCUCCCUCUCAGCAUCAUCAUCACUCUGUACAUGAGAGUGUUUGUGGUUGCUGUGUCUCAGGCACGAGCCAUGAGCUCUCAUGUUACAUCAGUCACACUACAGCAUUCAGUCACUGUCAGAGCAAAGAAAUCAGAGUUGAAGGCAGCCAGGACUCUUGGUGUCCUUGUCCUCGUCUUCCUCGUGUGUUUCUGUCCAUAUUACAUCGUUACUCUCACAGGUGACAAAAUAAUGAUUUCGUCAUUUACGCAAUAUGUUCUUUAUUUGUAUAGUUUGAACUACUGCGUAAACCCUUUGAUCUAUGCCUUGUUUUAUCCGUGGUUUAGAAGAGCUGUUAGACACAUUGUCACGCUGCACAUACUGCAGCCUGGCUCCUGUGGGACCAACAUUAUUUUGAGUUGA